AACAAACCCAAAACCAUUCUAUAUAACCCAACUUCUUCUCUCCUCUUUCAACAACAAAACCAAUACAAAGUAAUCUUCUUCUCCUCUUCCUGAACUUCUUCCUCUCUUUUCAAAGCUAAGAUUCCAAUGGAGAAGAGCCUAUUGUCAACGGAGCUUGUUGGCUUCAUCAUCCUUGAGACAAUCAUCUCUUUUUUCGCCAGAUUUCUUAAGCUGUCCAAGAGAUAUUUCUCUUUCCCUUCCCGUUUUUCAAAGACUACGAAGAGUCAGCUCAGAGCUGAAGAAGAAAGAGCAGAGGCUGAGAAGCUUAUCACGAGAGAAGAAGUGGAGCUUGUUAUGGAGAGGAUGGGGCUGAUGAUGAGAGGAAAUGAAGAAGGUGAGCAGAAACUUAAGGAGUUUAUGUUAGAGGAGGAAGUUGUGGCCAUGUUUGAUGAGAAGGAACCGAGCUUGGAGGAAGUGAAAGAGGCUUUUGCUGUGUUUGAUGAGAAUUGUGAUGGCUUUGUUGAUGCAGGAGAGCUGCAAAGAGUUCUAUGGAAGCUGGGUUUUGAGAGAACUGGAUUGGAUUCGUGCAUGGAAAUGAUUGGAGCUUAUGAUGAGAAUGGUGAUGGGAAGAUAGAUUUUGGGGAGUUUGUUAAGUUUAUGGAGAGCAGCUUCUGCUGAAAAUUAUACCUUUCUUGUCAUCUCCAAUUGUCUUCUUUUUGUUUUUCUUUCAAGUUGUUCAUACGUGUACACAAAAGAAUUGAAAAAGAAAUUGUGUUAAAGAGAAGCAAUGAAAACAGUUCGAUUCUUAAAAA